AUGACCGAACCGAUAGGAAAAUUUGAAGAAAGUGAUGUUGCUGGUCUUGAUGUGAGCGAUAAUAAUUGCGACGAGACGGAGCAACCAUCCACAGAGCAGGAUGAACCGAUGCAGACUGAAGAACUUCAAUCCGAAACCGACUGCUAUCUGCGCUCCGAGGACGAGUUUUUCAAAGACGCCGCGUUUAUAGAGGUGGCCCGCUGUUCAUGGGAUCGCGCCACCCGACAAAACUACCUCCAAGGAUGCCGGUGGUCCCCGGAUGGUACGUGCGUUCUCGCAGCGGUCAACAACGAUGGAAUGCACAUCGUGGAGCUUCCUACCGAUCUCUACGGGAAGGACGUCGUAUCCGAGAAUCGCCCGGUAGACAUACUUUCCUCAGCGGUGCAUGUUCCAGAAGGCGGUCUCGUGUACGACUACGCCUGGUAUCCGGGUAUGAACAGCACCCGGCCGGAGACCUGCUGUUGGAUCGCCAGUCGCCAGCACGAACCGAUACAACUUUGGGACGCAUUCACUGGCGCACUUCGCUGCUCCUAUAAAGGCUACGAUCAGUACGACGAGGUGGAAGCGGCACUAAGUCUCACCUUUUCUCCCCUCGAUGGAUCGACCAUCUACGGGGGUUACAAAAAGUCAAUCAAGUCGUUCGACCUCAAUGUGCCUGGGCGAGAAAAGAGCACAUUUCGGACUAAGUCGACCGCGUCCUGCAUGACCAUCGCGUCUACGAUGCCGCAUACGAUCGUUUUCGGUUCGUGGAAUCGAAGCAUCUCGGUACUGGAUGUUCGCUCCGGGGAAACACUUCCCGUUGGCAACUAUGCGCCAGAAAACAGCCACAAUGCGGGUGUAACCUGGCUCGGAUUUGCUCCCGACACGGAGGAGAUAUUCGUAUCCGGGGCGAGAAAAGACUCCAGAAUAUAUUUCUGGGACGUGAGAAACCUGAAAACACCGGUUAGAACACUUCGCCGGUGCUGUGCCACAAAUCAGCGGAUCUGGUUAGACUUUUCCCCGCAAGGCCAAUGGCUGGUCAGUGGUGACACCCGCGGGAUACUACACGCGUGGAACCUUCGUGAAGAUACCGACACCGGGGAACCGAAAGAACUGCAAUUCCCCGUGCACUGGGACUGCCUGAACGGUGUUUCCUUCCAUCCAAAUGCUUCCAUCAUGGCAACCGCCAGCGGGCAAUAUCACUUCACAACACCAACGGCCGACGCAGAAGUUAAGGAUGAGCCAGGAACCGACGCUCCCAUCCCGGCGAAAGAAUCUAACGUGGAAAACUCUCUAACCCUUUGGUGGAUUGGAAAAGGGGUCUUUUCGGAAGAAUAAAGCACCAUCAUCCCGGAAACUGUAGGCUUCUCUCAUUGAUACAUGAUAUUGUAUUAUUUUCUCCGUUAUUGUUCAUAAUCGCAUCGCUGUGUACCGAACCCUCCUCGAGCUCCAGCGUUUUGCUUUCCUCUGUGUUACAUUUUAUUUUUUAUUCGUUCGGUAUCCAUGAACCAUACAUUAAAUAGUUGUCUUUUUAAUUCAUAUUUACAACAAGUUGAAAUAACAAAUUGGGAUGAAUAAAGAGACACGAAUGAAUGAACGAGUUCGCCUUCAAAUUGCUGUGCAUCCCCGUGACUUGCUUCAACUGUGCCUUCAAUAGAAACGGUAGAAACUGAACAUUCCGCUUCAGUUCCCCCUUUGCUCUAAAACUGCUAUCGGAAAACUGCGAGGCGCGCGAAAUUUCUACUCACGAAUUUGACGAA